AGGUCCGAAAUCGUUUCAAGAGUUAUCGAUUAAUAUCUGUGAAGGAUUCCUUCACAAAAUCGAUCUGAAAGCAGAAGCAGGUAGAGCAGCUAUGAUUUCUUCUACUAGAAGGGUGCAUGAAUAGGAAUACCAAGACGUGCCAUUUUGUCGACUAUUGCUAGCCAUUGGAACUUCUUGAGAAGAUGCCGGCCCACCUCUGGUCCCACAUGCUGGACGAUGUGGACUUUUGGUCGGGAUUCAGUGGUGGCGGUCACGCGCACGCGGCUGCAUCGACUACAAGCAGCAAGCUAAUAACGAGUUUUUCCUCUGCUCCCACACAGGCCACUCAUGAUUCCUCCUCUCAUCAUCCUCACGACGCAGGAGCCACACAAGCCUCGGCAGUCGGCACAAGCAGUAGUUCAAGUUCAAGUUCCUCGGCAAGUAGCAGCUCCUCCUCCUCUACCGCCCCCAGCAGCAGUGCGAAAGUGGUUGAGGAGCAACUACCGCGCCACCCGGAGAUCCGCGUGGACAUGCUGAACAACAACAAUUCGCAGUACUACGGGGAUUUCAUGCUGGGCACGCCACCGCAGCCGUUCACGGCGGUGAUGGACACGGGCAGUGGGCUGAUCUGGGUUCCGGGCAAGAAGUGCGCGACCGACGUGUGCGCGGACCACCACCAGUAUGACGAGGCGGCGAGCAGUACGAAGCGGGUGAUCCCGUCGGAAGUGGGGGCCACGACGGUGAUCCACUACGGCACCGGGUCUGUACACUACCAGCAGUCGGAAGACACGCUGCGGCUGUGCGACUCCAAGCUGAACCCGAACUGCCGCGACCUCGGAAAGAACGCCCUGCACAUUCCCGCACAAACCAUGGGGACCAGCUUGACGCAAACGUCGGAGCCCUUCAAGUGGUUGCCUUUCGACGGGAUCUUUGGUUUGGCGCCGUCUGCCUCGAAGGGGUCCGCCUUGCACUCGAUCCGGAAGGCAAAAGUUCUCGCGCACAACAUGCUGGGGUAAGAUGCAGUUUGAAGUAGGCUACUAGUUCUACUUCCUCAAACGCAGCGGCAGCUUCUUUUACGUCUGUCCCAGGCGAUUUGAUGAUUAUUUCUUUGUUGUUUGAGUUUUAUCGCAGAAAACUCGACAGUGCCCAGACAGUUUCUCGCCCACCUAGAGGCGAGCGCACAUGUUAGUUUUAUCGUUUCAUAAAUCAUAAAAAUUAUUCAGGUGCUAUUUGAGCGAGGACACGCACCGGACGGGGAGUCUUUCGUUCGGCGGGAUCGAGCCGCAGUACAUCGCGAAGGGGCACCCUCUGUACUGGCACACGACGACGCACCCGAAGGAGUGGCAGGUCGCGAUCGCCGACGUGGAGGUGAACGGGUAUGCGGUUCUCAAACGUUACAUUCUCAACUGUUACAUGAAUUUGUGAUGCAAAAAUGGCAAAAGUGAAAUUGAUACAUACCGGGGAUCUUGUGCGUCUUGCAUGACUACAGAUUUGGUGCCGAUUAUGAGCCUGUCUGGCCCUCUGAGAAUUUGUCAUGCGAAGCAGCUUGAUGGCCAUGGCGUCGAUUCUAAAGGCAGUUUUGCAUUGCAAACCAUCCAUGUAACAGAUGAGAGUGUAACGUUUGAGAGCGCCAUAACGGGGAGAAGCAGCACGCGUGCGACAGCUACCCGAACAAGGAGUGUCUGGCGGUGGUGGACACGGGAUCUUCGUUGAUCACGGGCCCGGCGGAGGAGAUGGACCCGCUGCUGCAGAAGAUGCAGCUGGACACGAGUUGCAAAAGGCUGGACAAGAUGCCCACCGUGAACCUGUUGUUGAAAUCCGACGACGGCCUGAUCCGCUACCCGCUCACCCCGCAGGAGUACACCCUGGCGGACAUGAACGAGCAGACGGAGCAGCCGGAGUGCGAGCUGGGCUUCGGCUCGAUGGACGUGCCGGGCAAGAAGUGGGUGCUCGGGGACACCUUCCUCCGCCGCUACUACAGCAUCUACGACGACGACAAGGGUCGGGUCGGGUUCGUGCGCUCGGUGCACCCCGGCGAAGUGGCAGCGCCGGAGCCGACGAAUCUGGUGGUGGGCGCGAAAGAAGCGGACGCCAAAGCCUUUCCCCGUGUCGCGGUGUCUAGCUUCUUCGCCGCAGGUUGCACGGGGGCCGCUGGCGGAGUGGCGACAGCGGCGAGCUGGCUCGGGCUCUCCGGGUUUGUGGCCGCGACUUCGGAAGUGAAACAGCCGCCUCACGGAGUAGAACGUAAGCAUCGAGGCUCAACAAGUCGAAAUAAAUCCUCACCGCCUUAUUUCGGCGUCCAGUGGUGUCACGAGCACUUCAAUCAUGGAGAUUCUGGGCUUGUUGUGAGGAGAUCCUCGGUGUGUAUGCCAGGAACUCUCCAGCAUGGUGCGUUCUUUUGA